AUGUCAUUUGUACCUUUUCUGUUUAUUCCUAUAUCCAUUCAAUUUGCAGGCCAAAUUUUCUCAGCUUUAGUUGAAAAGGUUUAUGCUUCAUCAUUGAACACAAUUAUUCCAAUCAUUCUUACAGCAAUCAAUGUCUUUAUUUACACAUACAUAAUUAAGAAUUGCUACACAAUGACACUUUCAUUCAGAUGCGUUUCGUAUCAGACAUUAGAAGGAGCAGCACAAUGUAAACUCUUCAAUACAACUAAUAUUGUCACCUUUUUCUCGUCAUUGACAUCUUAUCUGUCACAAUACCCAUCUACAACAUUUAUGAUAGUAUCGAUGUUAUGCUAUCUGUAUAAUUGCACUACAUUCUUCAAUUGUGGUACUUUUCUUUCAAUCAGAGACCAAACAUUAAUCUUAGGCGGGUCAAUUCUUGGAUUUCUUGUUUCAGCUGCGAGCCUCUAUCCAAUUUUACAUGUUGAUGAAUGGGGAGAUUACUUCUUUGCUGCUUUUGCUGGAUUAGCAAUAGUAGUAUUCUAUUUCACCUACUUAUUCAUAAAGAGAAGAGAAACAAAAAAUCUUCAAAUCUUAGAUGAAUACGAAUCAACAAUCAACUUCGAUGUUAUAGGAUCCAAAGGAAAAUACAAACAGCUUGUUAUCACGGGAUUUAGAAAUUGUCACCCAAUAUGCCUAGAUGAUUCAUUAUUCAAAACAGCUGUUGAAAAAUGGCCGGGGCGGUGCCAUGUGAGGUGA